GACUUGCCACUGGCUGAUCAGUUGGUCUUUGGAUACUUCGGACUGCAGUUGUCUGGCGCGGAAGCAUUUAUAAACUCAUCCCCCUACCCAGCACGAAGAUGGACUUGAACGGAUGCGGCUUUAGUGAUCCGCAGGCGCAACUGAGCGCAGCGCUGGCCAAGCGCAACAUACGCGAGUUCCAGGAUGCGCUCGAGAUGGGCGCCCAGCCAAAUCUGCAGGACGAGCGGAACAUGAGCAUUUACGAGAAGGCGCUCUCCACAGCCGGCUGUGCGGAGUUUGUGGAGGCCUGUCUAACCCACGGAUGCAAUGUGAAUCACAUCAAUCAGAAGCACAACAAGGCGGCGAUCAGCUAUGCGGCCGACUCCAGAGAUCCGGCCAAUUUGGCCGUGCUGCUGCGUCGCCCCGGCGUCCAGGUGGAUCGCAAAUACGCGCAGCUGACGCCGCUCAAUUCGCUGGCCAAGAAUCUGACGGCGGACAAUGCGGAUCAGGUGCGUGCCUGCAUGCAGCUGCUGCUGGACUACGGCGCCUCGCCGAACGUGGUCGACCAGGGCGAACGGACGCCGCUGCAUCAUGUGCUGAGCAACCGGAAUAUCCGGGCCGCCAAGCAGGAGCUGGUGCUGCUCUUUCUGGCGCAUCCCCAACUGGACAUCGACAGCUAUCGCAAUGGCCAGGUGCGCCAGCUGCUGCAGCAACAGUAUCCGGAGCUGCAGCUGCCGCCGCAGCGGGAGCCAGGCGCCGCCGGCGAGAUCGACGGCGAGCGGCUGCUGCGCCAGCUGCGGGAUGGCGAUGAGUCGCAGUUCGAGCAGCUGCUCGCCGAGCACCAGCUGAACAUUAGCGACAAGGACAAUCUGCGCAAUGCCAACCAGGAGCAGUACCUGCCGCUGCUGCUGGAGUCCAUCAAGCGGGGCAAGCAGCGCGCCUUCGAGGCGCUGCUCAACACGGGCAUCAAUAUCAACGGCAAGGCGCGCGGUGAGGCGACCACGCCCCUGGAGCUGGCCAUCAUUUGGGGCAAUUGGCGGGCAUUGGAGAAGCUGCUGCAGCAUCCGGAGCUGAAGCUGGCGGCGCGCAGCAAGCUGUUCAAUGCGGUGAUCAGCAGGCUGGAGGAGCAGCCGCUGGAUGACUUUUGCGAUCAUCAGCGCUGCUUUGAGCUGCUGCUGGCCAGCGAUCGGGUGGACAUCAAUGAGGUGGACGACAGCGGCCAGGUGGCGCUCUACUAUGCGGUCAAGUACCGCAACGAGAGGGCGGUGCGGGCGCUGCUCCAGCAUGGCGCCUACAUUGGCACCAGGAGCACCUUCGAGGAGCUGGCCAUACAGGAGAUGUCGCCGGAGCUGCUCGAGCAGCACUUUGACUCCUGCAUUACCACCAAUGCCCAGAAGGCGGGCGACCAAAACUUUGAGAUUGUCAUCAACUACAUGAACCUGAUCCGACAGCGACAGCAGUCGCCGACGCCGGCACCGGCGCAGUCGGGCAAGAUGCGUGCCUCCCAGCUGGAGGAUGAAAUGACACCGAUUGCAUAUAUAGCCAAGUCGAAGGAGCUGCGACAUUUGCUGCAGCAUCCGUUAAUCUCGAGCUUUUUGUUUCUCAAAUGGCAUCGCCUCUCGGUCAUAUUCUAUGUUAACUUUCUGCUCUACACGCUCUUCACGGCCUCCAUCAUCAGCCACACGUUGCUCAAGUUCCAUGAGAGCGAGCACACGGCUCUGACGGCGCUCUUUGGUCUGUUCACCUGGCUGGGCAUUGCCUAUUUGAUUAUACGGGAGAUUAUACAGUUCCUGAUGGCACCGCUGCUGUACUUUUGGUCGCUGACCAAUCUCAUGGAGCUGCUGCUCAUCGUCUUGUCCAUGCUGACGUGCAUUGAGUCCAGCUACGAUAAGGAGACGCAGCGCGUUCUUGCCGUCUUCACCAUUUUGCUGGUCGCCUUGGAGUUCUGCCUGCUGGUCGGCUCGCUGCCCGUGCUGUCCAUAUCGACGCACAUGCUCAUGCUGCGCGCCGUCUCCAGCAGCUUCAGCAAAUGCUUUGCCCUCUACUCGAUCUUUGUGCUGACCUUCAGCCUGUGCUUCUACAUACUCUUCGGCAAGCCUCAAGAUCAGCAGCAGGAGCAGCAGCAGCAGCCCGGCUCGGAGAAGGAGGACGAUGGGCACUUCAAUACGUUCUCGGUGCCCAUCGAGGCGCUGAUCAAGACCAUUGUCAUGCUGACGGGCGAGUUCGAUGCCGGCGACAUCAAGUUCGACAGCAUCUACACGUACUUCAUCUUCCUGCUGUUCGUCUUCUUCAUGACCAUUGUGCUCUUCAAUCUGCUCAACGGUCUGGCCGUCUCCGACACGCAGGCGAUCAAGGCUCAGGCGGAGCUGAAUGGCGCCAUUUGCCGCACCAAUACGCUGAUGCGGUACGAGCAGGUGCUGACGGGUCGCAAUGGACGCACCGGCUUCAUUGUGAACACGGAGCCAAUGCGCAGCAUUUGCCAGCGACUGAUGAACAUCUAUCCGAACUAUUUGUGUGUGCGCCAGAUCUCCGUGCUGCCCAACGAUGGCAACAAGGUGCUCAUACCCAUCACCGAUGCCUACGAGCUCAAGGAGCUCAGCGGCAACGGCAAGAGCCGCGCCAGCUUCCAGCCGCUGGCCACAAAUGCGGCACAGGCGGAGCAGCAGAAGAAGCUGCUCGAUCCGCCACUUAGGCUGCUGCCCUGCAGCUGCUCCGCGCUGACGGGCCGUUGCUCCAAGAUUGACAAUCGCACCGUUAAGCUGGCGCUCGCAGUCAUCGAUCAGAAGUCCAGCGUGGAGCAGAGGCGUCAGCGCGACCAAAUCAACGAGCGACGCCUCCACAACAUGGAACAGAAGCUGGAGCACAUACUGCAGCUGCUCCAGAGCAGGGAAUAGCUGCCGGACUCAGCUGGAUACCUAGAUCCUAUAUAGAUCAUCAGCCACAUGCGAGUCCUGCUGGCUUUGUAGUCAGAAAUGGUUUUAUUAACAUACGAAUAUAUAAAUAUAAUGAAAUUGAACAAAA